AUGGGCUCUUCAGCUCAACAUUGUUACGAUAUUUUGAACCCACUAGUUCAUGAAUUUUAUUCGGUACAAAGACCAGUAAUUAGUGUAAACCUCACAUUGGAAAAUGUGAUCUCCUUGCGAGGUUAUUGUCCACAGAUUCGUGAAUUGGAAAUUGAGAAUAGAUAUAGCAAACCUAUGGUGUGGAUUGGGAUCUACAUUGCAUUAGCAUCAUUAUUUUGCAUCCUUGCCAUGGGAGCUGAUUUAUUACAUGGUUUCCGUAAUAGAAAAUUUUGGUUUCCAUGUAAAUAUUUCACACUCAAUGCUGCUUCUAUCACAAUGAUAGCCAUCACCAUGAAACUACCUGUAGAUCUAAGUAGUUUUUAUGAGACAGCCUUGGACCAAGCAACCAAGUUAGGAAGCAUGGCCUUCAUGUGCACAAUGAUGACGAACUUAAUGCCUUCUUUAGCAUCUAUGGACAACAAGACACUUCUCGCAAAUGUCAUUGGUUUGGCUAUUCUUGUUAUCACUGUGAUUGUGAAUGUUUGCAUUCAAAUUAGUACCGGUGCUAUAAAUGAUCCAAAAAUCUGUAGUGAUCUAUCUUACAAUGUCAUGAAUUAUGUGAUACACAGGUAUGUGGCUAUAUCAAUCUGGCUAUUGAUAAUGUUGAUUUCUUACGCUAUAACAAUUCCUGCUUGUAAGGAAAUUUUAGAGAUCAAGUACCAAGCUGCCAGGAAACGAACUUCAAAUGGUCAAGAUAGCUUAGUGUCUACAGUUGAGAAACUAAACCAAUAUUUGAGAAGAUACUGGGUUAUGGCAGAAACUGGUAGCCCUCAAUUUGUGAUGGCCAGUAACUCAUUAUCAAUUAGUUCUGGCAUAAUUUGUGUAUUUAGUUUACUUACAUACAUCGUUUUGAUGAUAUUUACCAUUCACGCUAUUAUUGCAUAUGGUUAUUCUAGCCACGCAAGGGAAUCAGAUUAUCAGUGGUCAAUGUAUUUCAUUGCUAUAACACAAUCCAUUGGAGUUGUAGUGGGUAGCAUUGCUCCAAUAUUUAGAUGCUUUACCAUAGUGAACUUCGAAAUGUUCACUAAACAGCAUAAGAACCAAUUCAUGGUCUUCAAAGUAGAGAAGUAUUGGAUUCAAAAGCUGGGUCAGUGGAAAGAAGGUGACGCAAGUUCCUUAUCAAGUCGCUCCAGGUCAAUAACUCUUGUCUUUAAUCUGAAAAACCUGUUUUUAGACAUUUGCAUCGGGACUCAGAAGAUAAAUGUUCUAUUGAGCAAAACGAUGGGGCUCGUUCCAAUAGUGCUUCUGACUUGUGUCAUGUAUUGUUCGUGUUGGUGGAAGUCACUGUUGUCUAGGUUGUUCAUGUCACCUGAUGCCCCAAGAAUUCAUGAAAAAAAUGAAGACCUUAGGAAUUACGUUUUGAAACUUGAAGAUGACGCGGAGCUUGGUGAAAGAACGCUCAAACGCAUUUCAAAUUCUAUUGAUCACUUGAUCAAAGAGGCUGAGAAGAAUCAACAAAAGAAUCUUUUAAUGCUUCUUGAGAAGUAUAAUGGAUUUAGAGGAGUGGAAAACUUUGACAACGAUCAAGUACUACCUCUAACUUCCAUUAAACUAGUUAAUAGUUGGAGUUUGCCAGUAGUAACUUUGACAUGCAUUGCCAUUGCUCUCCCUGAUAUUUGCAAGGACAAAGUUGAUAGCUUGUUCAAAAGUGUAGGGGGAGGUCUUUUGUACACUCAUCUAGUGGAUGAAAGCCUCAAUAAUACUUGUGAAUAUGGAAAUAUCCGAAAGGCAACUAUGACCUUGUGGCACGAGAUCGAACACAAGUCCAUGUGGUUGGAGAACACUUUGGAAACAAGUGCUUACAAAGGAAAAACAUCAAUAGAGAUUCUUCAGUGGUUUGCAGAUAAAGCAGAACAAAUUGUAAUGCAAAUUGAUACCACCAAUGAAGAAGUAAUAGAGAACACUCCUAAGAAAUUGAUUCUUGGCAAUUCCAUACAUACUCUGUGCUUGCUUCACCAACAUACCACGAGUUAUAAUGAAGAAAUGCCAUGA